CCCCUUCAUUCGAUUCCCCCCUCCUCUUCUCUUAGUCCUUACACCCCUCCCAGACCCGAGAUGUCCAGCCAAUCAGUCUCCCAAAAAAGAAAAUCAUGAAACGACAGCUCACACACAUUCUAAAUUUCUUUUCGGCCGGAGGGUGGACCAGUCUUAUAGACCCCGACCACGAGAACGACGACAAGACGGUGAGCGCCCGUUUCCAUUGGUGUGGAGACACCAUGGAGAGAAAGCGGGGACUCCAUGACCCGUUUGUAUACCUAAACGAGGCCGCAAGGGACCCGGUUCAUGGCCUCCGUACGGAGUACGGCGUGGAGGCCGUGUCGCGGAAAUAUGAUCCCCAACGGAUCUUCCAGAAGUUGCAGAACAAUGGAUUCCCUCUUUUUCGAAAAAGGCCUAGCCCCUCCCCAUCCUGCCCUCACACUAAUGGAAAUUCAAUAGUCACCCGGUCAAUCGUUUAGUCGGGUUACCCAAUCCAGGAGGCCACCACGAGGGACGAUGUCGGACCCGGAGCGAGUUCCGACAAGCUACUCCGUACGGAGUAGGAACUAGACUGCCCAUCCGAAGGAGCGACAGAGUAAGUAAGUACCACGUCGAGUCA